ACGCCCCCACCUCCGCCCUCCUAACUCGCUCAGCUCCUCCGCACUUCCCCUGCCUUUGCUAACCUUCAGCUCCCCCCUGGCCCUCAUCACCUUCCGUUCCGUGUGCGUGCGCCAUUGCGACCUCGCCUCACCCCACCCUUGCCAGCCAAAGUUGCCAGUUGCCUCCUAUUCCCCCUCACCCUCUCCUCUCCUCGCUCGCUACCUGCCAUUGCUUGUUGCGCCCCUCCUCUCCACUCUACUACAGAGCACCCGUCGCCUCGCCACGAUCUCGCUAGUGCCACCGCACUGCUCUCCGGUGGGCCCCUCACUGUCCCUACCCACCGGCGGCGCACCGGCUGCUAUUGUCUGUCUGACGAGACGGACGUGCUCGCGACGGCCUUCGCUUCCUGACGUUCCUGGCCGGCCGACUGCCGGAAUCCGGCGCUGGCUGACAGCGACAAGAGGGCGGCGCCUCCGCCGCGGGAGCUCUGCUCGCCCUCGCCGCGGGGAGACACGGAUUAGGCGCGGGGAAUCCUAGAUCCGCGCGCCCUGACAGGAUACCUCGGUCCCGCUCGCCGCAUUCCUCGGCACACCGGCGGCGGCGGUUUCCUCGCAGCCGCUGCAGUGCAGGAGGACGGUGUGAAUGAAAGGGGUUCAGGAUAGAAGGCACAAAAGGAGGCAGGACCUCCAAGUUCUCGCCCCCUUCCCGGGAUGCCUGGGGAGGAUGAUCAACAUGUUCGACCUCAGCAAUGGUGUGGUUGCGACCAAGAUGCUCACUGACAAGGCGCAUAGAGAUGUUUCUCCUGCGGGAAGAGACCGGAGUAACACUUUCAAGAUGGCAAUUAAUCCCCCAGUUCAAACUGAAGAUAAACAAAGAGAUAGUCAGGCAAGAAGGAAUUCCCCUACUAAAAGAUCAAACUCGCCUACUAAAAGAUCUGGUGGGACGCCCGUUAAGAUGCUCAUGGAGCAGGACAUGUGGAAAGAAGGGAUGCCUAAUGAGGAGCCUCUGAAUGUUGUUGCAAGAUUAAUGGGUCUACAUGAUGCUCCGGUUCAGUCUAGCGGAUUUGAAGAGAACUACCGGAAUAUCAAGCUGAAGAAGGAAAGCAAAUGCCAUCAAAACCAAAAGGCAGGACUGCGCCAUCAGCACACAUGGAAUGGUUUUAGUGACCAACCUUCAAGAAUCAAUAGCAGCCAGAGCAAGUACCAAGGAAUUGAACCUUGUUGUGAGAAGAGAAUGUCACUUGUUCGCGAAAAGUUUGCUGAAGCAAAGCGUCUAGCCACGGAUGAGAAGCUUCUUCAUUCAAAGGAGUUCCAAGAUGCACUGCAGUUUUUAAGCUCAAAUAGAGACCUAUUCUUGGAGUUCCUUGAUGAGCCAAAUCCACUGUUAUCGAGCAACCGCUAUGAGUUCCAACCUGCUGCACCACCUUCUGAAGUAAAGCAAAUAACCAUACUGAAGCCAUCAGAACCAACGAAGAGAAAAGGCAGUGUUCUUGUGGGGAGACAACUCUUUUUAGAUGGAGAUGAAAGUGAACGUAACAGAUACAGGCGCCACCAGAGCUUAGAUGUUUCCCCAGCAAACUCAAGUUUGUCUGAGCCAACAAAAAUUGUAGUGCUAAAGCCAGGACUCGCGAAUUCUCAUGAUCCUGGGAUUGUAGGAUCUCCAUUAUCAUCUGCAGAAGAUAGUGAAGAUGAAAGUAUGAUGACAGUUGAUGAAACAGCAUGCUCAAGAAGAUUAGCAAAGGAGAUCACUUGGCAGAUGAGGAUGAGGCUCAAAGACAAGCAAGAUGAAGAAAGCAUGCUCUCAUGUGAAUAUCCUGAAUUUUAUAUCGGAGAUGACUCCUUCAGUAAAUCUGAAGUUGAGAUUGCAAAAGAAAUGUCUGGUGAAACAAGCGAGGAUUUGGAGUUUGGCACUCCGACGUCUGGCCGUUCUUGGGAUUUUCUGAGUAGAAGUGGAAGUCCUUACUCUGCAUCAUGCUCUAGUCAGACAUCCCAUAGACGGGAACCAUCGGUAGUUAGGGAAGGCAAGAAGAAGAUUUUGGAGAGAUGGUCUAUGGUAUCAUCAACAGUCAGUAGUGAGGAAGAAAUGGAAGGUCGUAGAAGUAUGGGCACACUAGGUGACAUGCUCACAAUUUCAAAAGUCAAGGACCAGGAAGAAAUUGAGGGUGAAACAGUGGAGAGCCAAGCAUCUGAGCUGGAAGCUGAAGAACCUUUCUCAUGUUUGCCAAGGUCUCGAUCUCUUCCAGUUUCUUUGUCUUAUGGAGGCAUUGAGUCAAAUGGAGUAGCCUCUGGCACUCAUGCAGCUCAAAAGGAAAGAAUCAGGAAGUCAUCAUCAUUUCGGGAAAAAGUUUCUAGCCUGUUCUCGAAAAAUAAGAAAUCAACUCGGGAGAAGGUAGAUCCGUCUGCCAGCGAUAGACUCAAGCAUGAAGGUGCUGUGACUAAUGGUGAUGUGAAGGAAGACUGGAACCAUCUUGUGCUACACAAUUAUGGGAAACAAAAUACUUGUCUUGACACGGAUGAGAAGAACAUCAUGCAAGGGCUGGUGACUAGUUCUUGUCAUACUAAUAAUACAGCUAACAUCCCAGCCAAGGAUAUUUCUUCUAUGUCAAGUCUUGGCGCCCCAGGAAUCUUUGGUGACCCUCAGGACCAACCAAGCCCUGUAUCUGUACUAGAUGGACCAUUUAUCUGUGAUAAUAACAAUAGGAGGCUACUGUACUCAUCUGAAAAUUUCAUAGCUUCAUCCCCACAAGCUUUGUCGAGGUCUCCCCUUAUUGGAUCCUUUUCACGAUCCCUAUCAUGGGAGGAUCCCCCACUGGAAGUCAUGUCACCAAACUCUUUGAGACUCUCAAGACUUUUCUCAAAGGCUGAUGAAGAUCUAGAUUCGCUAACGUUUAUCCAAAAGUUGGUCCACUCUUGUGGCAUGGAUAGAGAAGGUUGCAUAUUAGCUGAACCUUUGGAUCCAAAAUUGCUUGCUAAGUUUUCAGAUUACCAAGAAGACGGAAUGAAGUCAGGGAAAAGGCGGUCAAAACAGAGGCUUCUUUUUGACGCCGUAAAUGAAGCACUUGCUGAGCUUACAUCGAUGGCAGAACUGGCUGCAUACCCCUGGGGUAGAUCAUGCUCUCUGGAGCACAGGGAUUGCAAGAAUGGUUCAAGUAAUUCGGUGGAUGAGGAGAUUUGGCGAGUCAUAAGGAACUGGUCGAUACUCGAGAAGUAUCCUCCAGGUGAAGCCAUUGAAAGAAAUCUAUUGCUGGAGAUGAUACUCAAGAGGGAGGUGGCAGAGGCGGCCAGCGCUGACACGGCUCGGUUAGAGAUAUUUAAGCUCGGCGCGGCAGUUUGCUCAAUGGUUUUGGAGGACCUCGUUGAGGAGACACUGUUAGAUCUGACUAACAACUAGUGAGGUGGGGGAAGAGUAGUUUUGAGGCGAAUCUGAAAGCACGGCAUCAAACAUGGAGCCGUGCCCUGGUGUCUCGUGCCAUUCCACCAGUUAAACAAUUUGACCCCAGACAGCCAUAUCAUAUACUCUUUGCUGUAACUUUAAGAAAGGAGAUGUGCUGGGUGAAACUGGAUAAUUUGGGUUUGGGUUUUGUGGCUGCGUGUCGCCUGUUCACUGCCAUGUGGGCAACAGUGGAUCCAUGUGGGCAUGCCACGGGGGCCCACACGCCAGGCAGAUGAGAUGGCUGAUAGAUACCGGGGGCGGCCGGGCUGCUCUGUGCUCUGGUCUGCUACAGGUCACCGGGGACCUGGAGCUGGAGGAGGGGCCAACAGCAACAGGCCAGAGCAAAGGCCGGCCAGGUCUGUUGCCGCGGCUUAGCCCUGUUUAUCUUUUCAGGUCAAGCAUGUGAAUUUCCCUGGGGCAUCAGCAUUCAGCAGUGAAAGUUCGCCACCCUCCUGAGCCCUGGCCAUAAGCAGUGGCCACUGCUUGCUGCCUAAAGAAACAGUCAUUUUUGUUUUCUAGGGCGAGCUGAGACUGUUGUUACACUGUCCUGUGAGUCACUGACUGCAGUAACAAUUUAUUAUGGUGGUUGCGUUGCAUGGGAAGUGAAGCUGCAGGGUGGUAAGAAAUGCAAAUGAUGUGCCUGCGACUCUCUGUGCUUCAGGCUUACCGUGCCUUUUCGCUUGCCAUUGCCACUGUCAACUUUUUCGUGGUACUUGUGAACAAUGUGAGCUGAAGCACGUUGCAGGCUGAUUCACACACUCGCAAAAAAAAAAAGAAUCAAGAUUUGUGGUACUUGUGUUAGCAAGAGAUGGUGUGAAGCUAUGAACGGUAGUGGUGGGUGCUGGUGCUGACUGCUGAGAUGCGUGCUCGUCUUGCUAUGCGUUCGUUUGCAGUGCUAGCUUCUUGCCCCUGCCGUUCGCUGGAUUUGGCGAGCAAGCAAGCAAUGCGUGACGGAUGAGGGAGAAGAAUAAAUGCGGCAGCAGCAGGAGGUUGUGUUCGAAAUCUGCCCUUUCCUUGCAGCUGGUGCCCAAAUCGUUAGAUUUUGUGAUAUCAAUGUGUUCGUUGCAGCUUGUUGUUGGA